UGGCUUCAUAAAACGUGCAGUGCUCCGCCAUUUUCCUGUACGGCCGUGGGACCUCUCUUGGUUAAUAUCUAUUGUAGUGUGGAAAUUAGUUAUUGCAAGUACCCAUUCCAUUUUAGCGAGGUAAGAUGGUAAUCUCAUGCGCUGCCGUAAACUGCACUAAUCGUCAAGGCAAAGUGGAUAAAACCGAGGUGUCAUUUCAUAGGUUCCCCAUAAAAAAUGCAAGCCGUUUAGCCAAAUGGAAACGGGCAGUGAGGCGGGAGAACUGGAUGCCCAACAAGUACUCUUUCCUGUGCAGCCAACACUUCACCCCAGACAGCUUCCUGCCGGGCUGUGAGGACCAACACAGGCAGCUCAAGGCCGGGGCUGUGCCGAGCAUCUUUGACUUCAGCCCCGUGGACAAGGGCACAAGGGGCAGCCUCCGCAAGAAAAUGCUGAGUGCACAGGAGCCAGAGGAUGAGGAGGAAGAGGCCUAUAAAAGGCCUACGCAGAGUCACAGAGGGCAAUCAAAGGCAAUAAGAAUUUCCUCAUUACCGGGUUAUAGCAGUCACGCCGGCGCUGUCAUCUCUGGUCCUGAUACUAACCCAAUGGCUCCUGGUGGCCUGCCUCCACAGCCCCUGAGUCAGCAGACUGUAGGAGAGUGGUCUCUGGAUGGAGAGCAGGAGGUCUUCAAGCCCUCAUCCUGCGACCUCAUCGAUGCCUUGCACUCUUACAGCAGCACCUCCCGCCAGGAACGAGGCCGCUGCAGGCAUUGGGGCAGCCCUGGCAGGGAGGCGUGUGCCAAACCGGGGGAAAGGGCACCCCUCACGGCCAGACCAACAGGGCCACGUUACAGGGCCGUGACACAACGGCGUCACCGGGCAGUAUUACAGAUACGACGGUUCAGGAGACGUUUGGGAUUGCCCACAGAGGCCCCUGUAAACCCAGCAAUCGCGCCCCUCGACUGGCUGCUGGGAUCCUGGGAGUCGGACGAGCCGGGGGAGGGCUCCUUCCCCACCAUCGCGCCCUUUCGCUACACCGAGACGCUGCACUUCAGCCAGGUCGGCCAGCCCGUGAUCAACUUCAUGUUCAAUGCCUACCACGCAGAGAGUAAAAAGCCACUGCACAGAGAGUGCGGCUUCAUUAGGAUUCAGCCUGGGACCAACAGAGUGGCUUUCAUCAUCGCCCAGAACUCAGGCCUGGUGGAGAUCGAGGAAGGUGAGCUCGCCGGCCAGCUGCUCUCCCUGCAGAGCCAGGCCCUCGCCAGGACCUCCUUCGCCAAGGAGCCUCAUGUCCAGCAGAUCUCCAGGCUCUUCCAGCUGAGGGCAGACGGCAAACUGGAGCAGACGGUCUCCAUGAUGACGGGGGACCAGCCACUGACGCAGCACUUACACAUUACGUACCGGCGGUCUUCCUGAUGAGCUGGGCCCACGGCGCCCCCUCCAGGCACAGGGUUUAGUUGUAAUAUAUAUUCACUUUACUCAGGACAAACUGACAAUAGUGGCAACCUUGAAAAUCCACGUCAUGAUGGAAUGGCACUAUAUACAUUGUCAAAUACCAUGUUUUAUAUACUGUUUUACUGCAGUGCCAAACUCUGAUCGCUACACUUGGGUUUUAUUAAAAAAAACACACACACACCUCUUAGAUAUCAGCCAUUAAUUCGGCGGAAACUCUUUACUGGCCCGAUUUCAGAUCGUACAGCAUUUAUUUGACUGCAUUUUUUUUCUUAUUGAAAUGAUUCUGGAGGGGUUUGUGUAAUCACUUGUUUGUACUGGUAGCUGGUGCUUUGUAUUAAGUCUUCGGACACUAGUGAUUUGUGAAGUUAGUAUGAAAGUACGUGUGAACGACAAGGCUCAUUAAACAGAUGUCCAAAAUGA